AUGAUGGACAAUGGUUACCCUCAGACCACCGAGGUCAAGAUUCUGCGAGAGUAUAUCAAGACUCAGUCUCAUCAGCUCUCGGUUGAGCAGAUGAGACCGCCAACCGCAGUAACCAAUGCAGUGUCCUGGCGAUCUGAUGGCAUCAAACACAAGAAGAACGAGAUCUUCCUGGAUGUCGUCGAACGUUUGAACCUCUUGGUUUCUGCGAACGGCUCUGUGCUGCGAUCAGAGAUCUUGGGAGCUCUGAAGAUGAAGUCUUACCUUUCUGGAAUGCCUGAGCUGAAGCUGGGUCUGAAUGACAAGCUUCUGUUUGAGGCAACUGGAAGGCCUGUAGCCAAAGGAAAGUCAGUGGAAAUGGAGGACAUUAAGUUCCACCAGUGUGUGCAGCUUGCACGCUUUGAGAAUGAUCGGACUAUAUCUUUCAUUCCGCCAGAUGGUGAGUUUGAGCUCAUGAGCUACCGGCUGAACACGCAUGUCAAACCUUUGAUAUGGGUAGAGGCCGUGGUGGAUCCAGGUCACUCGCGGUCGCGGAUUGAGUACAUGAUCAAAGCAAAGUCCCAGUUCAAAUCGCGCAGCGUUGCAAACAACGUAGAGAUCCACAUUCCGGUGCCCUCGGACGUGGACUCGCCAUCCUUCAAAACGUCCAUUGGCACUGUGAGAUAUAUCCCAGAUCAGGAUUGUAUCGUGUGGAGCAUCAAGCAGUUUCAGGGUCAAAAAGACUUCAUUAUGACGGCCAAUUUCGGGCUACCAUCUGUCGGUGCAGAGAACAGAGAUGCCUACAUGAAGGCGCCCAUGUCGGUGAAGUUUGAAAUCCCUUACUUUACCGUGUCGGGUGUGACUGUGAGGUAUCUGAAGAUUGUGGAGAAAUCCGGUUACCAGGCACUGGCUUAA